AUGGAUGUUUCUAUUAAUGCCUAUGGCGAGGUUAAUCGUCUUUCCAAGAUUCAUAAUGAUAAGAAACUUACUGAAAAUGAAGUAGCCUCUUUGUUCACAUAUUUUAACAAACCUGGCAAAUUGUCUUACGUUGAAAAGGUUCUUAGCAAUACCGAAGAUGAUAAUAUUAAGCUCGCAUACUUAAGAAAUCUAUUAAACUCUGUUCCAGAUCUUGCAUAUCGCUUUGAUCAGAUGAAUUUAUCAAGGGAUAAAUCAACUUCAGAAUUAUCGAAAGCCGUAGAGAAAUUAUUUAAAGCCAUAGAUGAAAAUUUAAAACAAAUGGAUAAAGUUUCAACACAUAUGAAAGCUGCCUCGGCAUCUGUAGAUAGAAACUUAGAAGUUUUAGAUAAAGUAUUGAAUCGACUUAAUAAAGACAGUAAAUCUAUUGGCCGGAAUAAUGAAACAGCCUCCGUAACACGUGCAAAAUCUUAUCAAAGCACCUCAUUUGAAAAAGUCAAUGAAGAUAAUUUUGGUUCACCUUUAACAAAAUUGCAAGGACCUAGAAGUGUUGAUUCAAAUUCUGAGGUGAAUGCAUUAAAAUUUUUAAACGGGAGAAAUUUCAAAAACGUUCCAAGAUAUGUUGCACAUGAUGACAAUUCAAUAAUUAUUCGCCCGGUUUGUGGACGAAUUGACGAUCAAUUCAGAACAUCUCAUACUUUACAACUUCUUAGCCUUUUAAAACGCAUUCAUGAAUUGAAAAUUUAUCAUCGAGAUGUGCGCCCUGAAAACAUCUUAUUAGAUACCAAUAAUGAUACACUUAUACUUGCUGACUGGGGAUCAUCAAUCCAAUAUCAAGGUGGAAAGGUGGCUUAUGAAGGAACAAUCACAUUUGCUUCACCAAAUAUUCUAAAUAAAAAGUUUGGUUUUUAUGUACCUAAAGCAUCUGAUGAUUUGCAUUCAUUCGUCCGUACAGUUUAUACUUUACGAAAUCCAUCAAAAAUUCCAACCAAUUCCGAUGAGAAUCUUGAAUUAAAAGCAAAGGUGAUUAGAGAAUAUUGGAAUGACAUGUUAGAUGUAAAAUUGUGUGGACCACUUUGGACAGAGAUGGUUAAUGCAGCGGAGAAUGAAGAUUAUAAAACACUAGAAAAAUGUUGCUAUGUAUUUACAAAAUAA